AUGAAGUACUCAAGGAGUAGUGACGACACGGCGUUCUCAAUCGACAUGCUUGACGAGUUAUUGGAAGAAGACAUACCUGAAGAUUCCAGCAAGUUUGCAGCUUUGGAAGAAGUAUUUGAUCCAGAAAAAGACUUAUUAGAGAUUGAAAGACUGUUGGAAGAAGCAGAGUAUGAAGAACUAAAGAACCAAGCUGAAAGCCCUACUCGCCGAGUAGACCCGAUCUACUCGCCGAGUACAUCUGAAGAAAAGCCAGCAGUCGCGAAUGCCGCCACCAACUCGCCGAGUACCAUACCUGCACUCGGCGAGUCCGCCACUAUGCACAAUAAAUUGGAGCUCAAAACACUGCCUGACCAUCUGGAAUACGCCUUUCUGGAAGAAGGAAAUCAGAAGCCGGUGAUUAUAGCCUCGGAUCUAUCCAAGACGGAAAAGGAGGAGCUUGUACGGUAUCCAGUUCAGCCCGGAUCUACCGAAUGUGGCUACUACAUGCUAAGGUUCAUGAAGGAGAUAGUGGAAGAAGGAAUUGAAGAGUUGGUCAAAGACAAUAUCGGGGAUGGCAAAGUUGAGUACACAACUGCUGAUAUCGAUGAGAUACGUGAAGAAUGGUCAACGUUUGUUACAGGCUUCAUUUAUCGAUGA